AUGAUCGAUAUCGACAAAACUGGUGCAGUAACAAACAAAAUGAUGGAAAAUAAAAAAUCACCAACUUUUGGUGACAGAAUGAAUCCAGACUUCGGAAGUCCGCUGAAAAAGUUCAAGCUGGUGUUUCUGGGAGAACAAAGCGUUGGAAAGACAUCACUGAUCACACGAUUCAUGUACGACAGCUUUGACAACACGUAUCAGGCGACAAUUGGAAUCGAUUUCUUGUCGAAAACGAUGUAUCUCGAGGAUCGCACGGUACGUUUGCAAUUAUGGGACACAGCCGGACAGGAGCGCUUUCGAUCACUCAUCCCUUCGUAUAUUCGGGACUCGACGGUUGCGGUGAUCGUUUACGAUAUUGCUAGUGCAGCUUCAUUCCACCAAACAUCAAAAUGGAUCGACGAUGUUCGAACGGAAAGAGGAGCCGAUGUGAUCAUCAUGUUGGUUGGGAACAAGACGGAUUUAUCUGACAAGAGACAAGUCACUAUAGAAGAUGGUGAAAGGAAAGCUGAAGAGCUCAGCGUGAUGUUCAUCGAAACGUCGGCGAAAGUCGGAUACAACGUUAAACAGCUUUUCCGUCGCAUUGCCUCAGCUCUUCCCGGCAUGAACGAUCGGGAUGAUCGUUCUGAAACCACCACCAUUCACAUGUAUCCAAUCAAGCCACGCGAAAUCAAAACCGAUGAAGGAUCAUGCUGGUGC